GGGCUCUUCUGCGAGGCUGCGCCAGACAGACACGUUCUCACGUGACAUUGCGCUGCCACUUAAGCUGCUGCCCUUUGCUUCUCCGCACUGAACCGAUUUGAAACCGACACACAUGGCGAGGGAGGAGAGGCGAUUGAAUGCGAGGAAGAAAUGAAUAGACGCCUGCGUUGGGACGUCUCCCCAACGGCUGAGACACUCUGUCCUGGGGCAGUACGGUCGGUCUUUCGAAUUGGCCGCUUUGUCGUCCAUUUGUCGCAAAACCAAUGCGGGCGACCUGCUGCAGACUGUGCCCUGAAGAUCGAUGAAACAUCGCCAGAUGCGGUGGAUUGUGAUGAGCAGGGAGGGGCGACGGUGUAUCUGGAUCAAGCGAUUGUUUUGAGAAAUUCGCGAAAGCCAUGGAAUCGGCAUUGUGAAGAUAUCCUCACGCCCCUUCUUUCCAAAAUGGCACUAGCAAGCCUAGCUGAGCAUCGCUAUCCCACCUCAGCCACGAUUUCUCUGUUCAGAAUUCUUUGCGAUUACAAUGUUGCGUGUUGCGGCUUCGAAUCGAGCUGUGUGUUGGUGUGUCGAUGCGCCCGGCGCUACGCCCUCCAGGCGACCAGACUGGAUAGCCAGAUGCGGACAAAGACCAUGUCUCUUGUUGUGAAUCAGCCAGUCGCUUCGCAACCAAGAACAGUAACAUCAAGAAGCCUAUGCUAGGAUCUGCCUCUACUGUUGCUGCGCAAAUUCCAAGCCCGGGUCACUCAAGUGAGCGAAUUUGUGCGGGUUUUAUAAUAUGAUAUCAUAAUCUUACUCAUUAAACAUGGCAUUGCCACCGCA